AUGGCGUCCCCCGUAGCACCCACGAGCUUCCCGGCCGAGGCCGUGCCCCAGGCCCCCGAAGACCCUCUCUUUGGGCUGAUGCGCGCCUACAGGGCAGACGAGAGCCCGGAUAAAGUUGACCUGGGUAUUGGAGCAUACCGCGACAACAAUGCAAAGCCUUGGGUUCUCCCCGUAGUAAAGAAGGCCGACGACAUCAUCCGCAACGAUCCCAAUCUGAAUCACGAAUAUGCUCCCAUCGCCGGUAUUCCCGCCUUCACAAGCAAGGCCUGCGAGCUCAUCAUCGGCAGCUCCUCUCCCGCCCUGGCCGAGAAGCGGGUGACAUCUGUUCAGACCAUCUCCGGCACGGGCGCCGUCCAUCUCGGCGCUCUCUUCCUGGCCAAGUUCUACAAGGGCAACAGAACCAUCUACCUCUCGAACCCGACAUGGGCCAACCACAACCAGAUCUUCACCAACGUGGGCCUGCCCAUUGCGCAAUACCCGUACUUUGACAAGAAGACCAAGGGGCUGGACUUUGAGGGCAUGAAGAAGGCCAUCAACGACGCCCCCGAGCGAAGCGUCAUCCUCCUUCACGCCUGUGCACACAACCCAACCGGCGUUGACCCUACGUUCGAGCAGUGGAAGGAGAUCGCAGCCGUGAUGCGCGCCAAGAAGCACUUCCCCUUCUUCGACUGCGCCUACCAGGGCUUUGCCUCAGGCGACCUGGACCGCGACGCCGGCGCCCUGCAGUACUUCAUCGAGCAGGGCUUCGAGCUGCUCGUGUGCCAGUCCUUCGCCAAGAACUUCGGCCUGUACGGCGAGCGCGCGGGCUGCUUCCACUUCGUGACGGCGCCCGCGCCCGACGCCCAGGAGACCAUCUCGCGCAUCGCCUCGCAGCUGGCCAUCCUGCAGCGCUCCGAGAUCUCGAACCCGCCCAUCUACGGCGCGCGCGUCGUGGCCGCCGUGCUCAACGACGACGCGCUCAUGGCCGAGUGGAAGGAGAACCUGCAGACCAUGUCCGGCCGCAUCAUCGACAUGCGCAAGACGCUGCGCGCCAAGCUCGAGGAGCUCGGCACCCCGGGCUCGUGGAACCACAUCACCGACCAGAUCGGCAUGUUUAGCUUCACGGGCCUGAGCGAAGCGCAGGUCCUGGCGCUGCGCGAGCAGUUCCACGUCUACAUGACUAAGAACGGUCGUAUCAGCAUGGCGGGUCUGAAUACACGGAAUGUGGAAUACUUCGCCAAAGCUGUGGAUAAGAUCGUGCGGGAGGUGAAAUAG